AUGAAAUCGGUCGUAGUUCUGGUGUUUCUGGCCGCUGUUGCAAAUGCGAAGUGGAUUGACGAGUUGCAGACCAACAAUUAUACUUCCAAUGUACCAUCUCGGCGGAUCGUGAACGGCGAGGAGGCCACUCCCGAACAGUUUCCGUAUCAGGUCAUGUUGCUGACUGAGUUUUCCAACGAUGUUGGUAAUAUUUUAACUGGAGGAUCCGUGUUGACCGUCAACUACGUCCUGACGGCGGCAAGCACGUUCUUCAACUUAGGCGUAUCAUCCACCGGAGGAACCGCUGUGAUGGGUGCUCAUAUUCGUAUCAAUCAAGAGCCUUCCCAGCAGCGCAUUCGUUUCGAUGCUUCUGGAAUUACUGUUCAUCCGCAAUACGUGGCGAAUGGUCAAAACAGACGAAACAACGUUGGAGUUGCCCGGCUGAACACACCGAUGACCUUUAAUGAUCAUGUUCAACCUAUUCGUCUCCCAGCUCGAUCCGAUACUCGGCAGUUCGCAGGAUUCAUGGGAACUAUUGCUGGAUUUGGCACUGCUACCGACGAUGGUCCUCUCUCAGAUGUACUAAGGUACACUUCCAACUCAAUCAUGAUAAAUUCCUUUUGUAUGGCUAGAUGGGAUUACGAAAUAGUGCAGCCAGAUAACGUUUGCAUGAGUGGUGAUGGCGGUCGUUCGUCCUGCGCUAGUGACACCGGUGGACCUCUGAUUGUCCAGGACGGAGGACCUCUACAGAUCGGUAUUGAAUCUGUUCGAGGAAAUCCAUGCUCCAUUGGUUUGCCAUCGGUGUAUACGCGAGUAAUCCCGUUCUUGCCAUGGAUCGAGGCCAACACGGAUUACGUAGUGAGACCUUGAGCAAUAAAAAUUAACUUAUCGCUUAAACAUAA